AUGGCUAGUCCUACCGUUCUCACGUUUGACUCUGAGGGCCGUCCGAUUAAGUUUGACGUUUGGCUCGAUGACCUGCACCUGUUCCUCCAGAUCACUGCCAAGGACGAUGUUUCCCUUUUUUACCACACGUCCGGCGCCGCUCCUGCGCCUGCUGCUACUGCUGACAGCACUGCUCGAUCACAGUGGCAGACCCGUGACGCUCAUGCUCGCCUAGCCGUUCGCAGCCACCUACCGCUAGAUGAGCGCGAGCACUUUGGCCAGCAUAAAACCGCUAAGGAGCUGUACGACGCUGUAGUUGCACGCUACUCCUCCCCUGCCACUGCUGUGAUAGGCCGUCUCUCACUGCCCUAUCUCUUCCCCGAUCUGGACCACUUUCUCGCCCUCUCCCCUACCGACCUCACUGUUGACCUGCUCGAGAAGGAACUCCUCGCAGCUGAGAAGAGCAUUGUAGCUGUAGGUGCCUCUCGUGGCGACCCUCACACUCCCUUCUUUGAGGGGUGCUCCCCCUCCCCCCUCCUCCCCUCCAUUGCAUCUGCUGCUGCUGUCGACUUCCUCGGUGCUGAGGGGGUCGGGGCUGCGUCUGCUCCCAGUGGGAGGCGCAAGGGCGGCAGGGGCAAGGGGGGCAGGGGUGGCGGAGGUGGCGGCGGGGGCGGCGGCAGUGGAGGGGGUGGAGGGGGCGGGGGUGGUGGCGGUGGUGGGAGUAGCGCUGGUGGUGGGGGGGUCAGUGGCGGGGCAGGGGGUGGAGGCGGCGGAGGUGGCGGGGGUGGUGGUGGCAGUGGUGGCGGCGGUGGAGCAGGUGGCGGGCGCGGCGGAGCAGUGCAGCGUGGGGGGUUCGGCGGUGGCCAGAGGCAGCAGCAGCAGUGUCCCGGCGAGACUCCUUCACCUCAGCAGCUCUGA